AUGAGAGAAGGCAAAACCAAUCAUACCGGUAAAGUCCAGUAUGCCACGAUGUGGAGGCACAAAGACCCGGAGAUCUGUCCCGUGGCUCUGUUGGCUCUUAUGUUGUUCUGUCGUUUCCAUGGUCUUGGUAUCCCAGUCGAUGAAGCUGAUUGCCCAUUCCCUUCGCUUCGGUCAAGAAGAGAGUGGUACGGAACUCCGCGAUUCAUCUCUCCUCAAGCCAGGCCAGAGAAACGCAGCAACGGAAACGACGGAAAGGAGCGCCAAAGGAAUGACAGUCAGACUACCGGCAGGAAUGUCAGGCUCACAUAUCCUGCUCUCAAUGCCAGUGUCCGAAAGGCUCUCAACGCUAGUGGGAUUUACUCUAAAGCGUCAACGCACACAUCGCGUAAAUGGGGCACCCAGCUGGCGGAAAAGAGAGGCGCUGCCGAUGAUGAUAUCGCCAGGCAUGGUUGA